AUGUCGACGUGGAACAAACACUAUCACUGGAAGACGAAGGGGUGCACGCCGUGGGCGAAGGACUGGUUUACGCAGAACCUCGUAGGAAAGUCGGCAGAGGCGCAGGGCGCCAAGGUCGCUGUCGAGAAGCUCGCUGGCUUUGAGGGCGACGUCGAGCUCGGCAACCGCAAGGGCAAGCUCAUCACGAUCUACGACUGCGUCGUGACGCUCAACUGGACCGGCGAGGCAGAGGAUGGCACGUCGGCGAGCGGCACCAUCACCUUCCCGGAGGUCUCGCACGAAAUCGAGGACAACGACGAGGACUACCGUUUCGAGACCGAGCUCUCGUCGGAAUCGUCGAACAAGGCGCACGAGCUGUACCAGUCGGUGCGCAACACGCUCGCGCCAGAGCUCGAAAAGGUGUUCCACCGCUUCCGCACCGAGCUCAUCGAGACCCACGCCAAGGACCUCGGCCACGAGGACGGCCCGGCGCAGCCCCAGGAGGCCAGUAAGCCGGCCGCUGCCCCGGCCGCUGCCCCGGCGCCGGCCAAGCCCAAAGAGACCAAGGUCACCACGAGCACCUCGGAGGUGCGCGUCGCGAGCCACCUCGCGGUGAGUGAGCAGGACCUGUGGGACCUGCUCACGAACCCGGCGCGGAUUCCCAUGUGGACCAAGGCCCCUGCCCAGUUCUCGCUGAACAAGGGCGCGCACUACGAGUUGUUUGGCGGCAACAUCACCGGCUCGAUCACCACCGUCGAGGCGCCGCACAAGCUCGUGCAGACGUGGCGCGUGCCGCAGUGGCCGCCGAACCACUUUGGCACGCUCACGACGCAGCUCACGCAGAGCGACGACUCGACCAAGCUCGAGCUCGUGCUGAGCGGCGUGCCGUCGGGCCAGGAGGACAUGGCGCAGGCCGGCCUUGAAAACUACUACAUCCGCGGCUUCAAGUCGGUGGGGUACGUACUCUCGUUCUAA